ACUGACGAUGGCUUCCACUUUGCCGGCGAUGGCAAGCUAGGGGCCAUCCUGACUCCCAACGAUGGCCAGUGCCACUUGGAGGACAACAUGUACAAAAAGAGCAAUGAGUUUGACUACCCAUCGGUUGGCCAGCUUGUCCAGAAACUUGCCGAAAACAACAUUCAGCCCAUUUUUGCUGUCACCAGUAAGGUAGUGGAUGUUUAUAAGAAACUCAGUGAGAUGAUCCCAAAGUCGGCGGUGGGAGAGCUGAAUGAGGACUCCAGCAACAUCAUUGAACUCAUCCAGGAGGCCUACAAUAAUCUCUCCUCACUGAUCAUCCUGGACCACUCCACAGUGCCAGAUGUCCUGGAUGUUAAAUAUAACUCCACAUGCAGGAAGGACAAGGCCAGCAUGUAUGAAGAGAAAGGGCAGUGCGACAACGUCAAAAUCAAUGAAGAGGUCACCUUCAAAGUGAAGGUCACUGCCAAGGAGUGCAUCAAAAGCCAGUCCUUCACCAUCCGACCACUGGGCUUCACAGAUACUCUCACCGUCCACCUGGACAGCAAUUGUGACUGCAACUGCAACGAGCAGCCAGACCCAACCGCUUGCAGUGGGAAAGGCAACGUCGUCUGUGGGAUCUGCAGCUGCAAUCCAGGCUACACAGGGAAGAACUGCGAGUGCGACACCAAAGGCAAGAGCAGCAAGGAGCUGGAGGGCAGUUGCCGGAAGGACAACAGCUCUGUCAUCUGCUCAGGGCUGGGGGACUGCGUGUGCGGGCAGUGCGUCUGCCACACCAGUGACGAGCCCGGCAAGCAGAUCUACGGCACCUUCUGCGAGUGCGACAACAUGAACUGCGAGUUUCACAACGGCUUCCCCUGCGGUGGCAAAGACCACGGGAUGUGUGACUGCGGGGAGUGCAAGUGCCUGCCCCCGUACCAGGGCAGCGCCUGCCAGUGCAGGAAGUCGACAGAGGGCUGCUUGAACAUCCGCGGCAACGAGUGCAGCCACCGCGGGACCUGCCACUGCAACCGCUGCCAGUGCCAGGAGGGAUACCUGCCCCCCUUCUGCCAGGAGUGCCCUAGCUGCACUGCAGCCUGUAGUACACAUGUCUCAUGUGUGGAGUGCAAGGCCUUCAACAGCGGCCCCUUUGAGAAGAACUGCUCACAGCAAUGCCCCAACAUACAGGUGGGAGAUGUGUCAACAACCGGGAGUAGGCAGUGCAAGGAGAAGGAUUCCCAAAACUGCUGGAUCUCCUUCCGCAUGGUCCAGGAGGAUGGUGAUGAGAUAUACACUGUCACCGUUGAUCCUAACAAAGAGUGCCCGGAGCCUCCCAACGUCGCGCUGAUCGUGGGUGGCACUGUUGCUGGUGUAGCCCUCAUCGGCCUGUUGCUCCUGCUGAUCUGGCGGCUCCUGACGGAGCUGUUUGACCGCCGGGAGUAUCGCCGCUUUGAGAAGGAGAAGUCCAAGGCCAAGUGGAAUGAUGCUGAUAACCCCCUCUUCAAGAGUGCCACCACCACAGUCGUGAACCCCAGGUUUAAUGGGCAAUGA